UGUAAAUAAAUUACAUGUCGCAAUAUAAACACCUAUUUUCAAUUUCAAUUCAUUAUGCAGUUUAAAAUGGCAUUUGUAUACAAUUUGAAAUUAUUAUUAUCGAUGAAAUUUGUAUAAACUUACCAUGGAUUACGCUUAAUCUAGUCAUUGGUUCCAGGCGCCUAUAUUUCAAGGAUUAAUUAAUUCUUUCAAUGAAUUAUUUUAUGAUAUCCUUUGGUUUCCCUUUAGCUUCUAAUUAUGAUCAAAGUGUGAAAAGUUAUAAUUUCAGAGAAUCAGAUGUGUACUUUAAUGCUUCCAGUAUUUAGUCGGAUAACCAAUGCGAGAUCCAGGGACGAGGGACACGAAAUGUGAGCAUUCCAAAACGGAUCAUUCCAACUGUUUAGUAUUCUUCGCGCCAUGUGCUCGCAUGACGGAAACGUUACACUUACUGCGACUAAAACCAUACGGAAUUACGCAAUGGUGAAAGCACAAGAGUUUUAACCUGGAAGAAUUAUUGUCCAAAUUGUUCCUAUUUCCCUCUAAAUUUUUACAUUAUGCAUUGUGUAAUAACCCAUUCAUCUUUUUCUACUACAUCUUCUUUAAUGAGAGAUACUCCACGCUGUUGUUAAUUAAUUUCAAAGAUAGUAAGCUAUUAUAUUUUGCUAUACGAACGUCGAACAGGGUUAUUUUCUUUUUAUACAAUUUUAAUGUAAUUUGAAGAUUAUUUCCACAUUUAUUCUCAAAGGUAGCAGUUUUUAAUAUAAUUUGAAUUGAUAGAAGAAUGAUAAAAAUUAUCGCUAAAAUUUCGAAGGGUUUAAUGUGCAGCUACUAGAGAACUAAAAAUGAGAGCGAAACUUUUGCUACUCUGUCUGAAGCGCGUCACGUACACGCCUUCGAAGCUAUUUGCGAUGCAUCGAGGGCUGCGAUGAGCAUCGGUUCACGUACAUUCACAAAUGACAACUCCGCACACCUAUAAAUACGUUUGUCACUAGAAAUCGAACAGUCAGUUUCCUUCUUGACUUUCGUUCAAUCGUAGGAUUAUCCAAAACACUAAUCGACAUGGCUUUCAAGCAAGUGGUUAUCGUGCUGGCGGUCGCUAUAUUUACUACAUGCAAGGGAGCUGCAGUUCCUUUACCAGCAGUACCAUUAGCUAAACUUGCACCAGUGAAUCCAGCAUUUAAUUACGAUCCUCAUCCACAAUACACUUACGCUUAUGACGUUCAAGACAGUUUAACAGGAGAUUCGAAAACUCAGCAAGAAACUAGAAAUGGUGACAUAGUCAGUGGUAGCUACAGUUUCAUCGAAGCUGAUGGCACCAGGAGGAUCGUCGAGUACACGGCGGAUCCUGUGAAUGGAUUCAACGCGGUUGUCCACAGAGAACCUGUGGCUGUCAUUAAACCUGCCCUGAAGGUCGCUCCAGUGGCUUUUCAUCCUUAGACAAUUUUAAUACUUUAUAAUUUAUACUUAUCUUGGUAGAGAAAGAAGGGUAGGGUUGACCUAAUGGUACAUGGAAUUUAUUAACUUCAUGAGCAAGAAUUUUAGCUUCAAUUUAUUUUCUCAUUUCGUUUUAAUAAGCAAAACACAACAUUAAAUUGGUAUCAAUAUGAAAAAGAUUUACUCGUUGCGAAAUGAAAUGAAUUUUAUGUCAUUUAAGUCAUGCAUUGCUUAGUGCUCGCUCGUAAUACAAAAGAAAUUUAUAUUUGCCGUUUUGUACCGCUUACUAUGUAACUAGUCAUAUUACACUGUACAUACUGCAAUUAUUUUAUAAUGAAAUGUUUAUAUUAAAAACUUUUUUAAAAUA